AUGUCGAGCUCGUUUGAGAAGUCGGUGAAGGCGAAAUAUGUCGAACACAUUCUCAUUGCAACGCAUGCCGGCGAGGCGGGGAUCGCUGAGGUGUUUCGAGCUAUCAACAACAGAUUGAGGGAUACCUCAUGGACGACCAUUUUCAAAGCUCUCAUCGUCGUACACUACAUGAUGCGGGAGGGCGAGAAGGAUGUGACGUUGCGAUAUCUUCGACGUAACCCACGGCUGAUAGCUCUGUCGCACUACUCGGACGCCCAGAUUCAAGGGAAGAACAUACGCAAUUACUCGAAUUACCUCAACGAACGGGCGAGAACCUACGGCGAUGUGCGGACGGACUAUGUUCGGGACGGCGAAGGUCGACUGCGGAAGCUCAGUGUGGAUAAGGGGUUGUUGCGGGAGGUCGAAUGCGUUCAACUUCAGAUAAAGGCGCUGCUGAAGUGUAAGUUUCUGGACGACGAGGUCGACAACGAGAUCACGUUGCUCGCAUUCAGGCUGUUGAUAUCCGACCUUUUGGAGCUCUUUCACGUCGUCAACGAAGGAGUGAUAAACGUUCUCGAAAGCAUUCUCAUGGUUCUGGCGCGCACAGAGCACUAUUUUGAGAUGUCACGCUACGAUGCCGAACGGGCGCUGAGAAUAUACAAGGUCUUUACCACUCAGACGGCGGAAGUGGUGGAGUUCCUUCAGGCGGCACGCAGGGUGGAGGUAUCAACCCGGUUACAGAUCCCGAACAUCAAACACGCGCCCACCAGCUUGACCUCCUCAUUGGAGGAAUACCUGAACGACCCUGAUUUCGACGUGAACCGGAGACAGUACCUGGCACAGAAGGAAGGAAAGGAGCCCGGGGGGGCAGCAUCUCAACCGGCCGCUGGCAAGACUGCGCCUGCACAAAACGGGCCUACACCCGCCCAGACUGGCACUGCGCAAACGACAGCAGCGCCGAGAGAAACCUCGGGGAUUGCACCAGACCUUAUCGACUUUUUUGAGAGCAUAGAAACGGAACAGACCCCCAUGUUUGCCGACCAACAAGUGCCAGUUCAGCAGCAGGUUCCCCAGAUGACAGGAGCGCCUCAGAUGAUGAACCCGUAUGGACAGCAGAUGUAUGCAGCGCAGCCGCCUAUGCCGCAGAUGCCCACACAGCAGACAGGCGGAUUCCCUAUGGGCUACCAACAGCCCAAUACCAAUCCGUUCCCGCAACAGCAACCUGCGCCGGCUCAACCCGUUCAACAGCACUUCACCGGCACCGGAUUUGGAGGCUACACCCCGCAAGAUCAACAUAUGCCGGUGGUGCCCUCCAUACCACAGCAAUACAUGCCUCAGCAGCAACAACAGUCCAUUUUGCCGGAGAUACCAGCCUCCAUGGUUCAGCAGCAGCCUCAACACUUCCAGUCUCCGCCGCCACCGGCAGGCCUACAAGUCCCGUCGUUGACUGGCCACGCCACCAAUCCGUUCAGGCAGUCCAUGCUGAUGUCUACCAGUACAGGCGGGGGUCCACAGAACUUUGGCAGUUCUCAACCGCCGCCAAUGCCCGGACAGCAGAAAUCUACCAACCCCUUCGCGCGCAGUAUAUCAAGCGCCUCGCCAUCGACACUUACCGCAUCGACUACCGGCGGCGCUGCAAUAGGCCGCUCGGCUACCACAGCUAGCACCAACCCCUUCGCACGUACCGCAGUCACCAACACAUCACCGCAGCCUACAGGCGGAUCGGGACUGUCAGUACCCGGUGGCACGAACCCGUUCCGUGCCAGUAUGUUGGUCCAGCAGCAGCAGGCGCAACAGCAGGCGCAGAUGCAGGGAAACUUUUCGGGGCAGACGGGGACCAUGGGUGGUCUGGAGACUUUGGAGACUAUGCCAAUUUUCCCUCGGACGAACAACACCGGUACACCGCCACCUGGUGCCUGGCAGUAA